UAAAUAGUCACAGUACGCACUCACCAAUGUUCUGCAUGUUUGCUUAAGGGCCUAAAAACUUGUAUAUAAAACUUUUCGUAUUCUUUUGCUUUUUCUCAUUCCUCAUCUUUUCUACAUAGUUUCCAAGGGCCAAAACAGCAACAGAGGCUGUAUCUUACCCAAACAAUAACAAGCUUCUCACCUGGCAUAAUGCAAUCCAAUAACCAACAAAGAGAUAGCCAACAGCCACCAUCGGACUGGAUCAACGAACGGGGCCGACUUAGAGGCUCUGAUAUUCCUGCCAGACAAGCCGGUUCCCGCCGCUCGAUCCCCGCGAUGGCAUAUGACAAUGAUCUUGGGAGGCUUGAUAGCCUCGAGGAAUUUGGCCAAGGAAAUUCCAUAGGCUCCCGAAGGUUCAGCGGGACUUACGAUCACGCCGGAUCUGGUUGGCGCACCACGUUCGGGACCACCAGGCCGGAGGGGUCGGAUAUCUUGGCCAGUUUUAUUAAUGAGCGGUCGAGUAGGGAUUACCGGGAACCCCUACCCCACGGGGCUUUCCCCAGCCAUAUCCUCGAUAUCGAGUCUAUGAGGCCCAGAGCUAUUCCUAACCAAGACGAGAUCGCUCGGUUCGAGUCUUCAAUAUUUGACCCGAAUCGCCCAUCUUCUUGGCCAACUCAGCUUAACGACGCUCGCGAACCCUCCAGGCCAAGUACGCCGGAUAUGCCUGCUGAUGAUAUUACAUACCGGCUAGAAUACUCGCCAGAAAGAACUCCCACGCCCGACGCGUCCGGCGUAUUCUACCCGUCGGAUCAUCUCCACGGACGUUGGCAUCGGCACAAUCGGUUCAGUCAGCCCUUCCCGCAGAAUCGCCCUACUAUAUCCAGCAGCACGACUAUGCUUCCCUUAGAAAGAGAUAGGCCCGCUAGUGUAGCAUUCGACCGGCUAAACAGAGCCUAUCCAUCUACUGAAAGCACCUCUGCCCACCCCAGAAUACCCAGCUCAUCCACUGCUGAUAGCUCUCAGACUUUAUACCCCGGACUCAGCACUCCUAUCAUGACUCCCACAUCCAACGCGUCCGACAUCGAUACCGACGCUAGCGUCUUGAGGGUUAAUGCGGUGCCCGAACAGGCCGGGAACCGGGUCGAUGAGUUGAGCACGGGCAACGGAAGCUCCAGUGCCAACGGCGAAGGUGGCGCUAGACUCGACGGUAGCGGUCAUCCCGCGCCCAUCCCCGUCACCAUCUCGAUAUCUAUCGAGUUUGAUGACAGCAUGUUUGAUAUCCAGGGUUACAACGUCACUACGAAGCCGCGAAGUGAGCGGGUCUGAGAAUACAUAGGGGUCUAAGAAUCAAGGGAAGGAGAGAAAAAAAAAUAGCAUGUGAUACUGGAUAAGUGAUCUUAUCUGAUUUAGGGCGCAGAAUUUUGAUGCAUGUAUAAAAAUAGGGGGAAUGAACAUACCGAGGAUUAUAAAUAGUAAUAUUCAUGUAUUUUAUUCAAUGGUCUUUUCUUGUGGAUAUGCAAUGUAGCUAAAGGAGAGGCAAAAGCUGGCUACUAUUGC